AUGAAUCAACAACCUCAAAAGGUAAAGAACAAUCCCCCAUCAGCGGAAGAAAUUGAAAGAAGAAGAAAAGCAAAACAAAAUGAAGUAUUACCAGAAGGAAUGUCACGACGUGAAUGGAAGAAAAUUCAAAAACAACAAAAAUGGGAAGAAACUAAAGAUCAAUAUAGAGAAGUAAUGAGAGCUAAAAAGAAAUUGCAAAGAGAUAGGAAAAGAGAUAGAAUAAAAAAUGAUGAUGAAUAUAAGAAUUCAAUUUUGAAAAAACCAAAGACACAAAUAGCAACAGAUGUUAAAUUUAUAAUAGAUUGUGAAUUUGAUGAUUUAAUGAAUAUUAAAGAAAUAACAUCAAUGUCAAGACAAAUUCAAACUUCAUAUUCUAUCAUGCGUCACUCCCCAUAUAAAUUACCAAUACAGAUAACAUCAUUCAACAAACGACUACAAGAAAGAUUUGAAACUUCAUUACAAGAAUAUAAGAAUUGGCAAGGAAUUGAAUUCACUUCGACAAAUUUAGAAGAAUUAAUAACUGAGGAAAAUAAAGAUCAAUUUGUAUAUCUUACAGCAGAUACUGAUGAUGAUUUAAUGGAGUUAACAUCUGAUCAUACAUAUAUCAUUGGAGGAAUUGUGGAUAAAAAUAGACAUAAAAGAUUAUGUUAUGAUAAAGCUAAGAAGUUAGGUUUAAAAUGUGGAAGAUUACCAAUUGGGAAAUAUAUAAAAUUAUAUAGUAGAGAUGUAUUGGUCACUUCUCAUGUUUAUGAAAUUUGUUGUAAAUGGUUUGAGUUCAAAGAUUGGGGAGAUGCAUUUAACAAAGUUCUACCACCAAGGAAAGUUGCAAGCAAUGGUGAUGUGAGUGAAAGUAAGGAAUCUGAAUCAAAAGUAGGUGAAAGUAAGGAACAUGAGAUAAAAGAAAAUAAAAUAGCACCUUAA